ACAUAUUCACACUCCUCCGCAGUGCUGCCCCGCAUCCGUAACGGCUGAACACCCGACUUAUUUCAAACAAUAUUUUUAUACUGCUCAAACUGUCGUCAUGUUUACUGCAUCAGAACUCAUGGUUGUUUUGGCUACUUUAUCCGCCACUGCGCAUGGAUAUUUUGUUAGUGUUGAUGCGCACGCCGAGGAAUGUUUCUAUGAGCGCGUGAACUCGGGCACUAAAAUGGGCCUAAUGUUCGAGGUGGCAGAAGGAGGGUUCCUGGAUAUCGAUGUGGAGAUCACAGGCCCGGAUGGUAAACAGAUUUAUAAAGGUGACAGGGAGUCCAGUGGGAAGUACUCUGUAGCAGCUCACAUGGAUGGAACAUAUAAGUUCUGUUUCAGUAAUAAAAUGUCAACCAUGACCCCCAAGAUCGUCAUGUUCACAAUCGACAUCGGAGAGGCUCCCAAAGGCGACGGCAUGGAGACGGAAGUGGGUGGUGGCUCCUGGGAUGCCCAUCAGAACAAACUGGAGGAAAUGAUCAAUGAGCUGGCCGUGGCCAUGACAGCCGUGAAACACGAACAGGAGUACAUGGAAGUCCGAGAACGGAUACACAGAGCCAUAAACGACAACACCAACAGCAGAGUCGUGCUCUGGUCUUUCUUUGAGGCCCUGGUGCUGGUUGCCAUGACGCUGGGACAGAUUUAUUACCUAAAAAGGUUUUUUGAAGUCCGCAGGGUUGUGUAGAUUCUCAUUUGUAAUGUUUUGUAUCUCAAAGUGUCCCAUCAUCGUUUGGACCUGUUUGAAGAAAUCCUGAAAACUGUUGGAAAAAUCAGAGUGGCCAUGGAGAUGAGAUGUUCCCUGACCUCUGUAUGCACUGUACCAUGGCCUUGUUCCCUAUUUUUCAAACGCGCUGUUUUUAUUUUGCUUUUAUGACUCUAUUUUUAGCACCUUUCAGACCUGUCAGCAGUUCUGAGGGGGGAGAUGGGAUUUGCUGUUUUUCUCCUUUGUGGUUCUGUGCUGUCGUUGAGUUUAGUGAAGCAGUCCCAGCGGGGCAGAGCAGUGGGCCCCAGUGGGAACAGAGUGACGCUGCUCCGCUCUGAAGCUGACCACUGGUUUAUUUCUCUGUCAGAGCCGACCCAGGAUGGAGGGUCAAAUUCUGCUUUGUAUUGUUUUAUAAAUAUGCAAAAGUUAAAAUGCCUCUCGUACCACCCAGGUACAGAUCAAAAUGUCACAUAUCACAACUGUCCACCUUCUCAACCACUGCUCUCUGAGGGAUGUACAAUGGAGACUGUUUAAGGCACAUAUGGGUUUAAAAAAAUGGUAUUUUCAGUUGUUUUUGUUUUCUCCAUUUUUAAACUGGGGGGAAUGGGUUGUUCAGUUUCACAUUUGAGUCUGUGGGUGGAGAUUGACAUUUAAUUUAAUAGUUUAGGUUCUGUCUUGUAGUAAAUACAAAAAAGGAGGUUUCUGAAAGAUGAAUUUUGUCUUUUUUGAAUAUGAAUUAAUGUGCAGGGGAAGCUGUAAAUGUGUAUGUGGGGAAACAGCCGAUAGUGGUCUGAACCCUAAACAACCUGAAUUUCUGUUCUUUUCAUACUGAAACAUGACCCAGGUUUACCCA